CACUACUUAGGUUUAGGCUAGUUAGAUUACUAAAGAAUUUGAAAUAACUUAGUCGAGGCUAAUAAUACUGUAAUAUGCAAUACAGUAGCCCAUGAAUUUGCAUAUAUUUUCUUGUGAUGUUCAGAUGUUUGUUUUGCUGUUAAUACUGUAAUAAAUAAAAAAUGUUAAUUUCUGUUAUAAAUAAAAAUGGUGAAAUCUGUGUGGAAAAUGCAACAAUGGAUUCGGACUAUUCGAUAAUACUGGAUCAGCCAGUCAGCCAGUGAAUGAAACAUAUUGACAAACUGAAAUUGUGAUUAAUAAACAGAUAGACUAUAAUAUAGCUGUAUUUUUUUUAAAUAAAUUUUUUGUCUCUUUAUCAUUAUUGAUUUUUUCAUUAACUUUUUAUUUAAUGAUAACUAUUGGAUGGUCCACAUUGUACAGGUGUACAACCUUUUCAAAACGAUUUGGAUAUGGCAGUAAUAACGUUACUGUAUAAAAUGGAGGGAAAACUAUUAUUACAGUAUUAGUUCAUUAUUUAUGGGUAUAAUAUUUUUUCAAAAUAUCAGCAAAUUGACCCGGGGUCAGUCGAAUCCAGUCAGGCUCGUAGGGAACAAUUCUGUGCGAGACGAUUGCUGGGCAAAGUUUCAAGACCACCUCCAUAAGUAUACUGGAUAAUAAUAAUCAAAAAUUGAUUUGUGAUGGCCAUGUGCAGCAUAAAGAGUUUGAUCGGUAUCUUUGCCAUAUAUAAUGUAACAAUGUGGUAAAAUUGCCAAGAAAAGACAAAACAUUAAAAAAUGAUAUAAGAUAACGUAAAUGAUGCCCAAAAUUGAGAUUUAAUUCAUGCACAUGCUUAAAAAGUAAGCCUGAAGCUGAUGCUUUCUUCUUUCUACAUGGAGGUAUAAUAUACAAGCAAGGUUAAUGAAUUCGGAUCAUUCUCAUAAUUCAAAUAUAAUAAUUACCUAUUACAAUUUUUAAUGUUGUUUCAUUGACUAUACAGUUCAAUAAAUGUUCAUAGAUUAUUGACUGAAAACUCAAAAAAUGAGUGAAAACAAUUUGACAACAGUUGAAGAGCAGGAAAGAUUGCUUGAUAAUGCAAUUCAAAUUGUAAAAGCGGAGAGUUUUCAGAUGAAAAGAGAGUUGGAUAAAAAUCAUCUAAUGGAUGGAUUCAAACAUGCCUCUACCAUGUUGAAAGAACUUCGUACGUCAGCUAUGUCUCCGAAAAAUUAUUAUGAAUUGUACAUGGCCGUUUGUGAUGAACUUCGACACUUAGAGUUGCAUCUAUCAGAAGAAUUUCAACAGGGCCGAGUUAUAGCUGAUCUGUAUGAAUUGGUUCAAUAUGCUGGAGAUAUCAUUCCACGACUUUAUCUCCUUGUUACGGUCGGGGUUGUUUACAUAAAGGCAAAACCGUCAUCAAGUCGUGUCAUUCUGAAAGAUCUUGUUGAAAUGUGCAAAGGUGUUCAACAUCCCCUACGCGGGUUAUUUUUACGCAACUACCUUCUGCAAUGUACAAAAAAUGUGCUUCCGAAUGCAUCAAGCGAAGCUAGCGAGGAUGACAAAAAUGAAUCAACCGGAACGGUAGCAGAUUCAAUAGAUUUCAUCCUGACAAAUUUCACAGAAAUGAACAAAUUAUGGGUUCGUAUGCAACAUCUUGGCCAUAGUCGUGAAAGAGAGAAACGUGAGCGUGAACGACAAGAGUUAAGAAUUUUGGUUGGAACAAAUCUUGUGAGGCUCAGCCAGCUUGAGGGAAUGGAUGCGAAGAAUUAUCAAAAUAGUGUUCUGCCUGGAAUUCUUGAGCAGGUUGUGAAUUGCCGAGAUGCCAUUGCUCAGGAGUAUUUAAUGGAAUGCAUCAUACAGGUGUUUCCCGAUGAUUUCCACCUUCAAACACUACGCAGCUUUCUAACUGCAUGUGCGAAUCUGCAUCAAAGUGUCAAUGUCAAAACUACAAUAAUCGCUCUGAUUGAUAGACUGGCACAAUAUGCAUCAAGAGAAGAUACAUCUGGUAUUCCAAAAGAAAUCAUGCUGUUUGAUAUAUUUUCUGAAGAGGUGACCAAGAUUAUAGAAGCACGCAAUCAGAUGUUGUGUGAACAUGCUGUGUCAAUGCAAGCAGCUCUUAUUAAUCUUGCUAUGAAAUGCUACUCUGAUCGAACUGAUUAUGUUGAUAAAGUGCUGGAAGCUACUGUGGAAGUUAUGAGCCAACGAAACAUAGAGAUAGUGUCUAGUCGUACUCCAUUAUGCAAAGAGGUUACUAAGUUACUGCAGUCAAUUUUGGAUUCAUACAAUAACAUACUAACUGUGUUAGAGCUAAAGUAUUUUGCUCCGCUCUAUGAACAUCUUGAUUUUGAUGCUCGUAAGCAGUUUGCUUUUCAACUCAUCUCUAAUGCUCUGGAAAAUGAUACUAUUGUCACUACCUCGGAGCAGACAGAUACAUUGCUGAUGUUGGUUUCGCCACUAGUGCGAGACCAAGCUGAUCAACCGAAGGCUGAAGAGAUGGAUGAACAGGACUUCGCAGAAGAGCAAAUAGUGAUGGGAAGAUUUAUUCAUCUGUUACAAUCUGAUGAUCCUGAUCAACAGUUUUUGAUUCUUAAUUGUGCACGAAAUCAGUUUGGAAAUGGCGGAAAUGCUCGACUGCCCUAUACCUUGCCACCCAUUGUAUUUUCAUGCUUCAAACUCGCGGCGAAAUUCAAGGAAAUUGAAAAUGAGGACGAAAAUUGGGAUAAAAAAUGCAAUAAAAUAUUUCAGUUUUGUCGAGCAACAAUUACUGCAUUAUGCAAAGCAGAGUUAGCAGAACUUCCUCUCAGACUUUUUCUUCAAGGUGCUCUUGCUGCUUCUGAAAUUGACUUCAGUAAUCGAGAAUUGGUAGCUUAUGAAUUUCUGACCCAAGCAAUAUCACUGUAUGAAGAGGAAAUUGCAGACAGUCGUGCCCAACUUGCAGCAGUGUUACUUAUUGUUGGUACAUUGGAGCAGAUAGAUUGCUUCCAUGAAGAAAGUCAUGAACCUCUACGUACCCAGUGUGCUCAUGCAGCAUCCAGACUGCUCAAAAAGCCAGACCAAAGCCGCGCUGUCGCUCAUGUUUCACAUUUGUUCUGGUCUGGGAAAACAAUUGAAAGCGGAGAAAAUAAGCUUAAUGAUGGCCACAGAGUGAUCGAAUGUCUAAAAAAGGCAGUACGUACGACCAACCAAUGCAUGGAAACAGCAGUUCAAUUGCAGCUCUUUAUCGAGAUUUUUGAUAAAUAUAUCUACUUUUAUGAGAAAGGGUGCACAGCAAUAUCCAUUGAAAUAUUGAAUCAGCUUCUGGCUAAAAUCAGAGAGAACCUUCCCUCAAUUGAAGAAACUGAGGAAUAUGAUGUAAUCCACAUGCAUUAUAACAAUACUCUGAAGCAUAUUAGAGACCAGAUGGAAUCUGGAACUUCAUCAUAUGAAGGUAUAGAUAUAUAAACUGAGUCUGACAUUGAAAUGACUAUCUCUGAUUUCAAAAUCACUGGAAGCUCCAUGAGCAUAAAGAAUAAUGAUAACAAGUGUAUCGCUCUAAUCUGAUGAAUGAUCAAGGAAAAUGAUGGGAAAAAUCACAAACCUUAUUGAGAAUGACUGCUCACAAUGCAAGUUAAAAUAAUUACCAUAUACAUACUAACAAAUUUCAAGUACGCAUCUCAUGUGUAUUCAAGCAUGUUCGGCAUGAUUCAAUUUUAAUCAUAUUUUAUGUACUUAUACAUCUUUAACGAUAUAUAUUUUGAAACAUUUAUGUAUUUUGAACCCUUCUUUUCUCCUCAAAUAGCAGAAAUUGGGGUACCCCCCGAAUAUGUGAACCAAGAUGGACACCGGAACAUAGUAUGUGUACUGGGUUAGGCUAUAAUUUACGAGUUUGGUGACUAGUCAAGUGACUCCGUAGUCUUUGUACCUGAAAUUAUGGCCUAACCUGGUACAUGUAAUAUGUUUCGUUGUUAGCCAUCUUGGUUCACAUACGUCGGGAGUACCGAAAUUGGAAUAUUAUUUAAGGCAUUCAGUUUGGCUGUGAAAUACAGUGAUGCUAAUAAAUGUAAUAAUAUGCACGUCUUCUUUAACCGGUCAGAUCACAAUUGUCAUAUUUCAACAUGAUUAUAUGUUCUUCUAGUUUGUUCCAAUUUUUGUGCAAUACAAUAUUAUUUUAUCUAACCUUGCUUGUAUAAUACCCUGCCAGAAAAUAUUUCUGGAUAUGGAUGAAUAUUAUGUCAUAUGUAUAUGGUAGUGAAUUGUGCUAACGAGGCUUGUAUUUUUGGCUCUCUGAUUUACUAUAUUUUAUGUGUAUAUUGCCUAGUUUUCAUGAUUGAUAUUAAAAAGGCAUGGAUUAUAUUUAUUUGUUCAAUCACGUACUGUUUGCAUUGUGCUAAUGAGUCUUGAUCGGUGUAGCAAUCUUCAGGCACAACUCUGAUUUGAAUAACUCAAAUCAUCCCGUUUUCAAAACUUUUAAUUUCUAAACAUUCAUUACAUAUAUUUGUUACAUACAAAGUAAGCGUUGUUUCUCAGAAAUCCAGAAUUGUUAGUGAUUUAUCCUUGUCGGGUCUGGCUUCGAGGUAUUAUAGAUAGUAUUCAAAUUUUUGUAGGCUGUUCCGAAACAGUUAUUAAGUUUUCUUUCUAAUAUAACAUGCUUCAAUAACUAUUACAAAUUGUAGUGUGUGAUAAUGAGAGUAUUUUUGUCGCUGAGAGCUUCAGCCG